GAUAUCGAAGAUUCCAUUGCCAUGAAGAAACAAAAAAAGUUUAAAGUCUAAGAGAUGCUACCAGACAAGUAAUUGAUUCAACAGAACAUAAGGGCAACAUGUAAAAGAAAAAAGGAGUUCAACAUACUAAAACUGCAAUGACAAAAUGGACAUGAGGGAUAAAAAAUUGUUGCAUACUGGUAUUUGUCCGCUAAUGUAUGAACCAGAUAGAAAAUUGGACGUGAGUUAUAACCAGAACAGGUAACGUCACUAUAUUAAAUGAGACGAACCAAAUUCCAUCAAGUAAAUACCCUCUAACAAGAACCAAACAAGGGUAUAAACAGUGAAGUAUUUUGUGCCUUCCCUGAGAGAAACUAGUAUUAUUAGUUUACUGUUCUUUGAUGGUAUCAUUGGAAUAAGUCCCUUGAAAGAUGGAUUAAAAAGAUGAACAUUUAACUCAUUUACAAAUGUCUAAAAAUCAGCAGAGAUAGAAAAAGAAGAAGAAACUGAGUUAUACACAUAAUCGUUCUUGACAUGAUAUUAUAUUUUGCAAGACUGAUUCAAAAAUCCUUGUUAAUAUGUGAAAAUUAAAGAUCUUAAAUGAGAUGUCUUCUUUCAUUCCUGCUUAAUCCUUGUCGAUCAUUUUGUUUACUGAUACCAUAUGGAGCUGCAGCAAUACUAAUAGUUUGUUUUCAUUCAAAUUAUCAGGAAAACAUGAAAACAGCGGAGCGCCUCAGAGAAGUAGAGUCGACAUUUGCAGAAUCAACAAGCUUGAAGGGUGGCAAUUCAGGUUCUGUAAUGAUAGAUGGAGGACAGAUUAAAAUGGAACAAGGAAACUCUAACAAGCCUUUUGAUCAACCAGCUGAUACUGAUUCUCGAUUGAACUUUUGUCAUCUUUUGAGCUCUAUUGUAGUGUAUGAUCUUCAAAUUAUACAAUUGAGUCUAUUUAUCAUGCACACUAUUUUGUUUGCAAUGCAUAUAUUGCAGUUGUUCUUGUCCAUUCUGAGUGGAAGCAGACUAGAUAUGGUUUAGACAUUAGACUGAAAAAGGUUGCUCAUAGCGAAUAGCUAUUAGAUUUUGUCAUACAAAAGUCUAAUACUGCUAUAGUGAUCUCUUCGACAACUAUUUCAUUUAAUUGUUGCAAGCUACCGCACAAAUGUUUUUCUCACGGGACUGCAGCUUUGAAGCAAGAAAAUGCAUAUGGUGUGAAUUACUUCAGGAACUUUUACCAAGUAACUUGAACAACUCUUAUAAUUCUGAUUGAACGUUGCUAUACAUAAACCAUGAAUAGUCAUUGAAGGCCAAGGAAACAGGUAAAUUCAAUUCAAAAAUGAGAAAAAUGGUUUUUUUCCCCUUCCAAUUAGUACAAUUAGAGAGGAAGUUAGAGAAUUCUUAUAUCACCAAAACAAUUUUAUAAUACAAUCACAACCAGAUAUGAGAAACAUAUUGUCUCGAUAAAACUAUGAUUUUCCUCAAAAUAAAACCUAAUUAAAAAAUAAUCUGCUCUACAAGAGAAUA